AGUUUUCUGUUUUGUGAUGUAAUUUACUGAUAUGACAAUAUCUCUACAAUGGAAGUUAAACAAGAGGAAUUUAAUGAAAUCUAUCUGAAUGACUUUGAAAUCAAGAAAGAAAAUGAAAUUAAGCUUGAAGUAACAAUAGAAAACCAUGAGAUUGAGGCAGAUUGUUUUAAAAUCGGCAUUAAAGAAGAGUUGUUCAUUGAAGACACUGUGAUUACAGAUAACAAUGAUAUGUGUUUUCUGAAUGACUUAAAUGAAACAGAUAGAGAAAUAGACAAUAAACUUAUUAAACAUGAACCAGACACAAGUAAACCUAAUUCGGUCAUUUGCCACGAAAUUGAGCAGGAUUCACUUAGUGAAGAUAAUGAAAACAUCUGUUUGAAACCGCUUACUAUGGAAAAAACAUAUGAAUGUGAAAUUUGUUCUAACAAGUUUGCAAAAAACCGUUAUUUAGCAAGACAUUUGCGACGCCACAGAGAAGAAAAGCAACAUACGUGCAAUAUUUGCUUGAAAAAAUUUUCAGCAAAAGACGCUUUGUUAAAACACACCCGUCUGCACACCAACAACCGAUUCAAAUGUGAAAUCUGUUGUAAAUUUUUUACAUCGGCCAGUUAUCUUAAAACACACACGCGCACUCAUACCGGGGAAAAACCUUUCAAAUGCAUAAUAUGCGAGAAGGAGUUACUGGACACGCGCAGUCUAAGGAUACAUAUUCGUGGUCACACUGGAGACAAACCUUUUAGAUGCGAGAUAUGCUCUAAAGAAUUUUUGGACGGAGGUUACUUGAAGAGACAUCUACGUCGACACAGUGGAGAAAGACGUUUUAAAUGCGAUAUUUGCUCUAAAGAUUUUAAAGAGUCCGGUACGCUUAGAAUACAUAAACGUAUCCACAAUCGAGCAAAAGCUGUUAAAUGUGAAAUAUGUCUCAAAAAGUUGAUAAAUACAAAUAGUUUAGAAAAGCACAUGCGUUUGCAUAUUAACGGCUAUCCUUUCAAAUGUGAGCUCUGCCCUAAACGUUUCGCUGAAGAUACUUCUUUGAAGAACCAUAUGAACCUCCACUCUGAGGAUAAACGGUUCGCGUGCGAUAUUUGCGGCAAACAAUGUACACAACGUUCCAAUUUGAAACAACACAUGCUUAUUCAUACCAGAGAGAAGCUCUUUAAAUGCGACAUUUGUGGCCACCAAUUUACAGAAAAGAGUAGUUUGAAGAAACAUAUCCAGUUGCACACCUGAGUGAAACAUUUGACGUGCAGACGUUUAUGUAGAUUACUAAGUUUAAUGCACACUUGCAUAAAUAUAAAAUAAAAACGUUUAUUAGUU